CAUUAUGCUAGAGUGAUCAAGACAUCAAGUCGGUCACAUCCUGAUGGUGGACACCAGCGCCGGCCAUGGCUGCGAAUAUCGGAUUAGUCGGAAUGCUGUAAGUAUCGCCACAUGAAUCCGUCAAACAAGCAGAAACCCUGAUUGACACUCCAGGUACCUUGCCCGGUGUUAUAACGAGCUGUUAUGGCUGCUAUACUCGAGCUCUUUGCAAGGCAGACUCGCAGGGCAGACUCAACCCCAGCGCAAGCGAAAGUACCAACUCCAAAGCACAAUUUUGAGGGACACAAGGAGGCUAUAUGGAGUUUUGUCUUCUUGCACGACAACAUCCAUGUUGUGAGUUGUUCAGCGGACGGCACGAUGCGAAAGUGGAACUGCGACACAGGACUUAUGGCCGGAAAAGCAUGGAAAGGCGAGGGAGGAAGGAUAUAUGCACUGGCGCUUUCACCGGACGGGAAGAUGGUUGUGUGCGGGAGGAAUGACGGAAGCGUUCAGCGGUGGAAUACCGACGGGGAGAUGAUCGAAGGCAUCUGGACAGGUCAUAGCAAGGCGGUGCGAUCGCUGUCGUGGUCUCCCAACAUGAACCAUAUUGCCAGUGGGUCCAGUGAUGGAACGAUCCUCAUUCGAAAAGCAGAAAAUGGAGAAGUAGAGGUAGGCCCGAUCAAGACGCAGCACUGGCAGGACGAGAAUCUUUGCGAGAUUUGGAGUCUCGCAUAUUCACCUUCGGAAGACAGAAUUGCAUCAGGCGGGAACAACAAUACCAUUUGCAUAUGGGACAGCACAACUGGCAAGCUUGUCGUUGGGCCCAUCAAAGGUUUAGGGAACGUUGUGACAUCGGUGGUAUGGUCGUCGGACAACACUAAACUUUAUUCCGCGUCCGACAACUUGGCACGUGUUUUCGACAGCAAAACAGGCGAACUGCUUCAUCGCUUUGCGCAUAACGAUGACCUGUACUCGGUCGCGCUUUCACCUAAACAUAACGUCCUGGCGUGCGUGGGCUGGGAUGGCACUACAAAACUAUGGGACACAGAAUCCCAUCACCCACUUGGCCAAUCAUCUGGCCGCUUUCGUGCUGCCCUUCGACAUGUGGCAUUCUCUCAAGAUGGGAGACACCUAGCACAUGGCGGAUACGACGGGAAACUUACUCUGUGGAUAACCAAUGACAUAGCUCCCGAACUUCCGCAGCAGCAAAAUCAACCUGGGUUCCCAUCAUUAUCUCGCCUCGAUGUUCACGCUGCAAGACCAUCAGAGGGUGAUGACAGCUUUAAGGAGGUACAAGAUCACAGUCAAGGAACGCAGCAGGAAGCUCGACCCGGGUCUGCAUUGUCUUUCCUCAAUGCUGAUGCUACAGGCUCAUCAGGGGGUGGUGGCAUCCUCGAGGAGGUGCGUGAUGAUCCAUAUGUCAACUUCUUUGAGUCUUCUCUUCCUGCCACGACAUCUGGUCCCCCCGAGCCUUCCAACCCUUUUUCAGCUCGAGGUUUCUGGAACACGAUUUCUCGACGUCGCGAGUCAGCAAAUGAGUCCACUCCAUUGCAAGAACGCCCCAAGCGCAGAUUCUUGGCGCGCCACGCUCGCUCAAACUCACCUCCAACCACUACAUCCGACCAACCAACGCCAGAAGGGAAGGUUCAAGCCGGGAAAGAAGCCGAGAAAAUUGACGAGGAUGUUGAUCUCGGCGCCAUCAAACCAAAAAAUGGGAAGGACAAGAAACAAAAAGGGUCUCUUGUUGACGCGCAGAGCCCUGCCAAACUCAAGAGCGAAGAAAAUCAGAACUUUUGGGAACGACUGAGGCGUGUUGGAGGGAAGAAUUCCGCAUGCGUCAAUAUGAAUAUAACAACAAAACGUCCUGAGGUUGUUGAGGUGUAUGCCGUGCGCGGGUGUCAGGGAUAUGUUGCAAUGACACCGAAACGUAAGAGAAAGUCACAGGUAGCAGUGUGCAGCGCCCCUCUCGCCGCAUCUCAAAUGUACGGCUCGUCGCAGCCGCCGGGUCCAUCCUCCCCAGCCGGUCCUGCACGGGCUGUCACAUUGUUUCAAGCCUCGUCAGGACAGGGAAAGCCAUCAUCGGUUGGUAUACAUGAAACACAAGUUGCUGGAGGCCCAUCAUCGCACACUUCCCCAUCACGCUUUGUCACCACUUACCACAUCAGUCAUGAUUCAGAUUCACGCUCAAGCAUCGAAGGCACCUGCAAUAGGUUCCUAGACAGGAUAUGUUUCCCGUGUGGACACUACCACAAGGAUUCUUAGCCGGCUACGUUUCUGUGUGGGUCUGACCGACUUUCUUUGACUUUUCUUGCGUUAUUUUUUCGUGUUGCCAGUUACACACUACUGUUAUUAUGCUAUUUCAUGUUCUUUUAUGUUCAGCUGCUGUAUUUGUAAUCUCGACACUCAGGUUAUUUAUCGCAUGGAAUUAA